AACACACACACACUCAUACUUACAUGCACAUACACAAAGACACACACACAUACACACAUAGAAUGACAGAUAAAAUUGAUUGGCAGAGAGGUGGACAAGCAGGGGGAAGUACCGUGGUAGACGUGGAUAUUUAGAUACGUAGACGGCUACCUAGCUAGCUAAGCAGUAAAAGAAAAAGAAUAGAGACAGACAAGACAUGUAAAUAGAUCGAUAAAUAGACUGAUAAGUAGAUAGACUGACAAAUUGACAUUUAUGCGUCCCGACAUAUAGGGAGACUGACAAGACUCUCUCUCUCACGCAAACACACACACACUUACCAGCGAGCCAACUACGGAAUCGCUACUUGGUCAUUUUACCCGCUUGAUACGCUUUAUUGUCUGAAAAACAACAACAAAACAAACGAAACAAUAACAAAUAAUAAAACAAAUCCCCGACAUAUUGGGCAAUGUAGUCCCUGAUAUACAAAAAGCGACAAUGGUCACGGUUGGAACGCCUUUAAUCAUAGGUCUACCCAGUGAGAGUCGACCUAGGGUUAAGCAACAACGGCAGACUAACAGAUCACACGGAGAAAAGCGGGUAUACAGACGGAUAGCUAGACACAAAAGCCAACAGGCUGACUCAUAAAGUCUGAAGGACAAUUAGUUUGACAGACAGACGUACAUAGACCGCUAGAUAGAUAGCCUGUCAAACAGAUACACAUAGACUCAGGCUAACAGACAAGGUGCAUACGCACAACUGAACGGGUAUAUAGACAUACACACAUUGACUUAAAGAAGCCAGCUGGUAGCGAGGCCAAUUGUUUGUUUUCGUUUCUCGACUUAACUCCACUCCAAAAUGGCUGUCGUUGGUGACGAUACGGGUUUACACUCAGUUAGUUCGGUAUUUUCUCAGCUAGUCACUCAGAACAGUGGACAAUGGAUCAACCUCCGGCCGUACGGUUGGUGGUUUCAUCACCCAAGGACCGUGCACUACCUUCAGCUGGCAUCGCAUCUCUGCAUUCUGCUCUUUCUCUGCACGGUACCCGUAAGUCUGGCCAACGAUAUGGACCGGACUGCCUACGUCAACAUACAAAUGCCCCACGACUCCGCGGCCCAACCGCAGUCCGGGUCUGCAUCCGAAACCGGACCUGGGCCCGAACAUGAAGCUGGAUCUAAUUCUGGUUCCGACUCCAACUCUUCUUCGUCAUCAUCAUCACCGUCAUCGUCAUCGUCAUCAUCGUCGUCGUCAUCGUCGUCAUCAUCAUCAUCAUCGUCAUCAUCAAAUUUCGAUACAGAAGGAGAGAGAUCCACGUCAGAUGUGAUAUUAACGAGUCGGAGUUUCGAAUCUCCGAAAAACGAGGACGACGACAACAACAACAACAAAGAAAACAACUACCACCAUCACAAUGCGAAUAGAAACAAGAACAACAACAACAAUGAUCCCAGUUACGCCAUCGCCACAACUGCAGCCACCACCACCACCAACAACAACAAUAGCAAAAGCAAUGUAAGCAACAAUAGCAUCAGAAACAGUCGAAGUAAGUCGAUUCGACGACAACUACGACGCCAACAAAAUUCAAAUGAAGUCAGCAAGUCUACCCACCCCGGGUACACAAUCCGGGUGGAAGGCACAUAUUCGGAGGCAGGCAACGUGAAAGCAACUCAAGGCACCCUUUACAGAAUCAAUCCAAGCUGUGACCCUAUUACAGAUGAAGGAGACAACGAGAAGGUCAUGAUGAACUAUCCAAAGGGCUGGAUCGGACUGUUGUAUUACUCAAAUACUUCUUCUUCUUCUUCUUCCUCCUCCUCUGAUUCUUCUUCUUCCAAUGUUCUGUCCAGUAAAGACCGGAAAAGAAACUGUUCUGUGAUUGAUAAGAUCAAAAGAGCAUUGAUGUUAGGUGCUUCAGCUAUAAUUUUAAUGACCCUAAACCCCCAGAUUCUGAAGGAGUUGGAUGUUUCCCAAAUUUUCUUCCAUCCUAUUAUAAUCCUGGAUGUCAUGGACAAUGUCACAAACCUCCUUUUGGAUCAGGGACAGAAGCUGAAAGCCAAGGUGAAAAUCAUGUUCAAUGGAUCAAACUUCGAUCUUCAGAAAUCCACAAAAGUCACCCUGUGGUCCACCUGUGGUCGGUCAAGCUGCUGGAGUUACCCGACGUUAAACUGUGUUGUCUGUCUUAACAACAUUCACAAAACUAGCAAGGCUGACCCUGGAAACUUUUGGAAUUUCUUCUACUGUGGUUUGUUGAGUCUGAUGAUGCUGUUUGUGUUAAAAACACGACGGAGAAACUGUGAUUAUGAACUAGAUGUGGCCACCUACCAGCUGGCGUCCAGGGUUCUAAACCUGAUAGGGACACAGUCAUACCAGCAACCUUUAGCUUACGGUGAUUACUACCAAGACACUUGUGCCAUCUGCCUUGAUCAUUUCUCUCAGAAACAGAACCUCCGUGUCCUGCCCUGCUACCAUGCCUACCACAGUGAAUGUGUCGAUCCAUGGAUCGUCAAAAACCACACCUGCCCUCUUUGCAAACUGAACAUUGUCGAGAAAGUCUGUAGUGACAACUGCAUUCAGGAGUACAGUGCUUGAAACUGUAACAACCGUAUGGCAUCUGUUCCCAGGAGUAUCACUGUAUCCAAGACAAACGAAACUGCACCCAGGAAUAACACUGACCACAGGAACACGCUCUUUGACUAACUGUGAAAACCUUAAAUACACCACUGCGCCUGCAUCACCACCACCACCAUCACCACCACUAUCACCACCACCACCAGCACUAGCACUGCCACUACCAUCUCCACCACAUGUCAAUAACAGAGCUGGUGGUGGUGGUGGUGGUGGUGGUGGUAGCAGUGGUGGUGGUGUUAUUGACAGUGAUAGUGUUGUGGGUUAAUGGAAAAAAAGAAAGGACAAGACAAGGAUCUUUUCUUAAGAAUCAAUAUUUGUUUCGGGUCUUCUUCUUAUUAAUAUAUUUUGUUUGUGGUGGUGUUCUUUUUUUUUUGUAAGGGAUGGGGAGGGAGGUGGGGAGCAUCCUGCCGAAUGAAAUUU